UUGUCUUAUACUAUAGUACUGUCAAGUUUUAUUUUAAUAAAGUAUUGAGAACUCACGGUGAAAAUGACAAAUAAGAAUUUACAAUUGAGUAGUGAAGAUUGAAGGAAAUUAAAAAGUGGAAAAAAUAUUUAUUAUCAUUAUAAAAAUAAUUUAAUAUUUUUUAAUAUCUUAAAUACUAAAUGUGAAAAAAUUUAAUUUUGAAAUUAUAUCUUAUAAAGAAUGGAUAGGUUAAAAAUGUACAUUGUUUUGUAGUUUAAAAAAAGUGAAAAUUUUAUUUCAAUAGUUUUUUUAUUCAUCUGUAUAAAUAAAAAUUAAAAAUAUUUUCUUUAUAUAUAAGUGCUAAUGAACUAUUAUUAUCGAACUAUUAUAUGAUACCAGUGAAUUAAGAAAGUGAAUAAUGGACACACUGAAAACAAAAAAGGUAUUACAGAAAACAUUUAAUUUAUUAUUGGAAACAAUCAGUAUUAGAUCUUCAAAAUAUAAAAUAAAAGUUUGUCAAAAGGUACAUAUCUUUUUACCUCUGAAGAAAGCACAUAUUUAUAAAUUGUGAUAAACUAUUAAAAACUUAUGUAGCUUAAAGAAUAAUUUUAAAGUUCAAAAUAUGAGUUCACAUUAUAUUACUAUGGAAAAAAAAUUAUACCAUAGAGGACAAAUUGAUGUAAUAGAUAUGCCAAUACAAUUAACUUGUAAUUACAAGUAUUUCCUUGUUUAUGAGGAUCAAAUAUCUAGAUUUGUUGUGUUAAAAGGUUUACAUGGAAACACUGCAAAUGAAGUAGCUAUAAAGUUAUUAGAUAUAUUAGCUAUUAUUGGAGCACCACAGGUUUUACAAAGCAGCAAUGGACGCAAAUUUGCAGAAGAAGUUGUACAAGAGUUACGUCUUUUAUGGAAAGAUUUUAUGAUACUUCAUGGAGAAAUUAUUGAAACCAAUGAACGUAAUAGAGAUUUUAAAAGUUUGCUUGAAUGUUGGAUAAAGGAAAAUCCGACAAAAACAUGGCAUGAAGCCCUGGUACAUAUACAGAUUUUUCAAAAUUCAACAUUUCGAUGCGAAAAUGGAAAAAUUCCUUAUGAUAUAUUAUUUGGAAAAAAUGUACAUAAUGAGUUUCAAAAACAAACUAAUAUAAUAAAUUUAAAAAAUAAUAUAUGGACAGAAGAAGAAUGGGUUGAUCUUUUAUCAGACAAACAAAAUGAUGUUAAGAAAGAAAAAAAGCAACAGCUUAUAGAAGACUCUGCCUUUACAAACGUCAAAAAUAUAAAAACUGCAGAAGAGUGUGAAAGUGAAGAUUCUUGCAAUGAAGCCAGAGAUGAGCUUCAAAUGGACACUCCUGAUUUUAAUUUUGUAAAUGUUAAAAGUGAACCUUUAAACAUGCAUACAGAAGAUUCAAUAUUUGAGGAUGAAUUAGGAAUAGACAACAGAACCAAUAUAGAAAAUCAAAUGAAUUUAAAAUGUAAAAUUUGCCAGAAACAAUAUAUGAAACCUGGUCAUUUAAAGAAUCAUAUGAGAACACAUAUAAAGGGGAAAAAGUUUGAAUGUAAAUUAUGUAACAAAACAUUUCAUGUUCUAAGUUUAUAUGAGAAACAUAUGCGGCAAUCUCAUAAUCAAAAUAAAUUGUCUAGUUUCAAUAGAAACAGAAAAAAUAGAAAUUCACAAGAUGAAAUAACAUUGACCACAAAAUUAUCUAAGUUAAAAAGUUUUUCAGAUUUAAAUAUUGAUGGAACACAAUCCAAUGAAGCAAAUGAUUGUCCAAAAGCAAUAAAAAGUUUAAAUCUUCUUAAAGAAAGGAAAAGAAUUACUGUAGACAAUCGUUCUAUGAAAAUAAAUGGAGAGCCAAGUCUGAAAUGUUCAUAUUGUAAUCAAAAAUUUAAUUUUCCUAGUGUAUUAAAAAGGCAUAUGCGAUCUCACACAAACGAAAGACCCUAUAUUUGUGAAAUUUGUAAUAAAAGUUUUAAACAAUUAGGUCAUCUUAGUCAACAUUCAUUAACGCACAAAGAUUAUCGUUCUUUUCAUUGUGCGGUUUGCGGAGUGAAAUUUGAAUCAUUGAGUUCAUUAAAAAUCCAUACUCAAUCGCAUAAAGAAAAUUACAUUAUGAAAACUAAAGAGGCUUUCCGUUUAUUUGAAUGUGAUAAUUGUAAAAAGGUAUUUACCACUAAAAGUGUUUUGGAACGACACAUACUUACUCAUUCUCAUGAACGUCAAUUCCCAUGCGUAAUCUGUGGAAAAAGAUUCAAACAAGCAGGACAUGUGAAGUCUCAUAUGUUAGUGCAUACAGGUGAACGCAAAUUCGAAUGUUCAAUUUGUAAGAAGAGAUUUAGUCUUUCAAAUUCUUUAAAGAAACAUAUGUAUGUACACAAUGGAGAAAAACCGUAUCAAUGCGAUGUAUGUGGUGCACGAUUCCUUGAAAAAAGAAAUCUAAACGGACAUUUAAUGACUCAUACAAAUGAGCGUCCAUUUCGCUGUAAAAUUUGCGGAAAACGAUACACUUUAGCAGAUACUUUACGUCGACAUAUAAGUGCUGCACACGAAGAUGGACGUACAUAUCAGUGUGAGAUUUGUGCAAAAAUGUUCAAACAACUUGCUCAUUUGUCCGUUCAUAAAAAAGUACACAACGAUGAACGACCAUUCCAAUGUCAUUUAUGCGAAAAGAAUUUUAAACAUAAAAACGUGCUUAAAUCUCAUUUGGCCAUUCAUGCAAAUGUGAGGCCAUUCGAAUGCGAUAUAUGCAAAGCUACAUUUGUAAGAAAAACAAAUUUACAAACACAUAUUGCAUCAGCUCAUAUGAAUGAAAGACCAUAUGUUUGUACUAUUUGUGGAAAACGAUUCAAGCAGAUUAGUCAUUUAAAUGGUCAUGUAGUAGUGCAUAGCAAUUUAAUGCCUUAUCAAUGCGAUUUCUGUGAUCGACGAUGUAAUAGACUUGAUAAUUUAAAAAAACAUAUGCGUCUUCAUACAAAAAAUAAAGAAUAAACAGUAUAAAGUAAUUUUCUGAUAAAAGAUGUGACAUUUCAAAUUGUUCAAAAUAAAAUUAUCUAAAUUUAAAUCUAUAUAUGUUAUUAGUAAAGAGUCGAUUUUAGGAGCUUCCACUUUUUAUUUGUAAUAACUACUUUUCAUUAACUUCAAAUUUAUUAUUUACUUACAAUUUAUU